AUGGAGUUUGCCGGAAUAUAUUCACGCGGUGAUUUGGUGGAAUUGGUACCCGAACCUUUGGGCCUAAAGGUGCACUAUGAGCGACGGAUCGCUGCAGGGAUCGAUGACGUAGCCGUUAUGCCGUUCAAAGGCAAGGAUGAUGUGGCGAUUGACGUGCGGUUCGAAGCCAACGAUGAGUUGGCUUUGGCCGAAGAGACCGAUGCAGCCGCACUCCGGAUAGACGAGCUUGAGCGGCGAACGGAGCUGGUCGUGACAAGAGGGGUGGACGAUGGCGAGGCCCGUAAAGAGGAUACAGGAGUCGACGAACGCGAGCUAGAAAUCCUUGUAGCAACUGUAGUCGACGAGCUCCGCACCACAGAACUACUUCUGGCAGCGGUGGCCCGCGCUGAUGACAGUGGACGCGACUGA